AUGGGCAAACCUGUCGCUCCUCCGGGCCCAGCUGCGUCGUGCGUCAGAGAUGUCUCUGGCCACAUGCUGCAAACGAGAUGGGCAGCAGGGCAGACUGGCAAUCAAAAAACCAUAUUGGCUGAUCGGUGCCAUCCCGACCCUAUAUGCGGCCGACUUAAGAAGGGUAGUGUACCGAUGCCGGCUCAACAAGUACCUCCAAGUACCUGUCCGUACCCAAGACCCACCCACCACUAUAGCAUGGCCCGUUUCCCGUUGCUGAGCGAUCAAGGGCACCCUGGGAUGGUGAUUGGCGAACCCAGCCCGCUCAAACUGCGUCCGUUGGCACACGAGCCGCUCGCAACACGGGACCUGGCAGUCUCCGCCACCGCCCAGCCAGCAGCCAGCAGCCUGCCUGGAUGGAGACGCGACCACCUCUUCCUUUGGCCGCAGCCCCCAAUGGGCCCUCCCUGGCUCGACAUGCACCCUCAAGCCCAGCGCUACCCGCCUCGAUGCCGGUCAUACUGCACCCUGGUGACGAACCCGCCGCCCAUCCCAACCUGCGCUGAUCGUCUCCAUCCCAUCCCUCUCCCGCCGACCACCCCGGAGAUGGGCCAUGGACCGUCAGCUGGAAAUGCUCAAGACUCUCGUCUCAGACGCAUACAAGCCUCUGCUACCAGAGUUUUCACAGCACGCUGCAAGGGCCGUGGACCAGGGCCAUCCCCAUCACAAUCCGCCUAUAAUCCCUCCCAGGAACCAAACACGUAG